AUGAGCACGCUCACAGAGACUUCUCAAGCGUCUCCGGUCCUCAGACUGAACCUUUCCGGGGGCACUGGAUCGGAACCCAGUCGCAUUACCUGUACGCCUGUCCACCCAACCUUUGGCGCAGAGAUCGCAGGCGUGGACUUCUCGAGGCCUCCCUCUGAUCAUGUUCUUAACGAGAUCAAGGAUGCUGUAGGCAAAUACGGGUUUGUGGUGCUCCGUGAUACAGGUAUGACGGAUCAAGACUACGUUGAUUUCGGAUCUCGAUUUGGAGAACUUGCCCCCGCUGAAUCCCGUCGAUUUCCGACCAAGAACCUUGCGGAUCCGUCAAACCUCUAUCUCGAUGGGAAUAUCGUGAAACCUGGAGAAUUGAGAUGGUUCAUGGCGAAGGAGACUGCUCUAUUCCACGUCGAUACGUCUUAUGAUGCCAGAAGAGCAAGAUUGACGUCAAUCAUCGCUCGACAGCUCCCUCCUCCGGGAACGGGCGGAGCGACAGAAUUUGGAGACACGCGAACAGCUUAUGAUGAUCUCGACGAAGAAACGAAAGCACUGUUGGAGGAUAAAGUCGGCGUGCAUUCUCAUUUCCACAGUCGUCGAGUGGCUUUACCGAAUUUUCCAACCUUUAAGGCUUUGGAUCCCUGGGAUUAUCCAAUGCACAGGCACAAAAUCGUCGUAACCCACGCUGGGUCCGGAAGGAAGGACCUGUACAUCGCUUCGCAUCUUCACCAUAUUGAAGGGAUGGACCCGAAAGAAUCGGACGAGUUGAUCUUGAGAUUGCGAAAAAUGGUGGAACAGCCCAAAUACGUCGCCAAAGUUUACUAUCAGCAACCUGGGGAUGUGGUCAUUUGGGACAAUACUGCGGUGGUACAUCGUGCUGGUGGUAACGAAGGAGAAGGAUGGUCUGGCAAACAUGUCAGGGAUAUCAGGAAAUGGAUGGUGUACGAUAACACGCCUGAAGAGUGGGGAAUGAACGAGAGGGGCACGCCAAAGCAUUUGGCCGGACCUGUUAUUCAAGCCAUGUUUGACGAAUUGCACGGCAUUGAGGGAAAGGUGUAUGAUUUCGACGAGGACUAG